CAGGGGCAGGAGAGGGACAGGCAAAGCGAGUCGGGACUUGCCGUUUGACUGGCAUUGCCAGGGUGGCGGGUUGAGCCUCACGACAACCUAUCUCCCUGGGCUUGUCGCCGCGACGAUGCGGCUCGCUUCCUCCUGCUCCUCCUCCUCCUGACCGCGGCGAGCGGAUCCAGGCUGCCUAGCGCCCCUCUGCCGGCCGGCGGUUGGAGGCCGCGGCGGCUGCGCGUUGAGUCGUUUCCUGCCGGACGACUAGAGCCUUCUUCGACUGUGGCUUUGGAGGCUGCCUCGGUCGGUGUGUGCCGGUCGUCUCGUUAGAACUCGUCCGCUACUCACGGUGAGGGACGGUGUCCGUACCGGCACGGGGGUUGUACCGCCGAGGGAAAGGAGCGGGACUCCGAACCUCCAGGAGAGUCCAAGGACAAUGCUGAAGGGAAUAAGAAGGCUUAUCUCUAGGCUCCAUAAGUUGGACCCCGGGCGUUUUUUACACGUGGGAACCCAGGCACACCAAAGCAUUGCUGCUCACCUAGAUAACCAGGUUCCAGUUGGGAGUCCCAGAGCUAUUUCCCGCACCAAUGAGAAUGACCCGGCUAAGCAUGGGGAUCAGCACGAGGGUCAGCACUACAACAUCUCCCCCCAGGAUUUGAAGACUGUAUUUCCCCAUGGCCUUCCUCCUCGCUUUGUGAUGCAGGUGAAGACAUUCAGUGAAGCUUACCUGAUGGUAAGGAAACCAGCCCUAGAACUUCUGCAUUACCUGAAAAACACUAAUUUUGCUUAUCCAGCUGUACGAUAUCUUCUGUAUGGGGAGAAGGGAACAGGAAAAACCCUCAGUCUUUGCCAUGUUAUUCAUUUCUGUGCAAAACAGGACUGGCUCAUACUACAUGUUCCAGAUGCUCAUCUUUGGGUGAAAAAUUGCCGGGAACUUCUGCAGUCCAGCUACAACAAACAACGCUUUGAUCAACCUUUAGAGGCUUCAACCUGGCUAAAGAAUUUCAAAACUACAAAUGAGCGCUUCCUGAACCAGAUAAAAGUUCAAGAGAAGUAUGUCUGGAAUAAGAGAGAAAGCACUGAGAAGGGCAGUCCUCUGGGAGAAGUGGUUGAACAGGGCAUAACACGGGUGAGGAACGCCACAGAUGCAGUUGGAAUUGUGCUGAAAGAGCUAAAGAAACAAAGUUCUUUGGGUAUUUUUCACCUCCUGGUGGCCGUGGAUGGAAUCAAUGCUCUCUGGGGAAGGACUACUCUGAAAAGAGAAGAUAAAAGACCGAUUGCCGCAGAGGAAUUAGCACUUGUUCACAACCUGAGGAAAAUGAUGAAAAACGAUUGGCAUGGAGGUGCCAUUGUGUUGACUUUGAGCCAGACUGGGUCUCUCUUUAAGCCCCGGAACGCCUAUCUGCCCCAGGAGUUGCUGGGAAAGGAAGGAUUUGAUGCUCUGGAUCCCUUUAUUCCCAUCCUGGUUUCCAACUAUAACCCAAAGGAAUUUGAAAGUUGUAUUCAGUAUUAUUUGGAAAACAAUUGGCUUCAACAUGAGAAAGGUCCAUUUAGUUUUUUUCUACCAGGGCUUUGUGAUCACAGUAGAAUCCCACUGAAUCAGAACCUUGAUGUCCUCUUCCCUCAGCAACAGCCUCUAAUUUAUACUUUAUCCUUUAUCUUGACUUUCUGACUAAGAUGCUAAAAGGUGGGUGGGAGGUGGUUAAGGUUUAAUUUACAAAAGAGAUUUUAUCCCUAAAUUCUCCAUGAUAAAGAAGGCAGCAAAACCCACUCCAUCCACUGGACAGUUUCCAGGUGAUUGGGUUCCUGCCACAUUCUCUUUAUUGCAUUUUUUCAUUCAACGGACUACACUUGAGAGACUCGUGCUAGGACACUCACAGAAUAAUUCAUGCUGUGCAAGAGGCUACCCUAGCACCUAAGAAAUUCUUUGCCACACCUGUCCUAUUAUAUAUACAAAAAUUAACUUUUUGCACCAUAUUUUAUCUAU